AUGAUUGCCCUACAGCAAGGAACCACGGAUGAUAAUUUGCGCCGAUCACUAGCCAAGAGGGCCCCUGAAAACAUGAAUGAGCUCCGGGAGAGGGCUGGGAAGUAUAUCAAGGCUGAGGAAAGCCUGAAGAGAUCCCUGAAUAACCAGGGACCGACCCCGAACCCAAAGAAAUGUGGAAACGACACCGAGUACAACGCGGAUAGUAAGUAUUCAAAGACAGGGGAUGAUGAUGAGUCCCCCACCAAAAAGAGAGCAGGACCCCGAAAAGAGGAACAAAGACUUGUACUGCAGUUGAAGGACGAGAUUGAGUUUUUGAUCCGGAAAGGCAAGUUGUCCAGGUAUACUAAGGAUACAGACAGGAAUCCCCGUGACAAUGAUAAUUGUGGAAAAGACAACGAUGAUAGGGAUAAGAGAAACCAGCUUAGAGGGCCUGUGAUCAAUGUAAUCUCUAGGGGACCGACCGCGGCAGGCCUAUCUAGUAACUCACGUGAAACUUAUGCUCGUGAAGUGAUGUGCAUUGUUGGGGAGCCCCCAAAGAGGGCAAAAAUUGAGUUUGCUCUAGCAUUCGACAAUUUAGAUCUUGACAGAGUGAAAUUUCCCCAUGAUGAUCCUUUGGUAAUCACCCCGGUGAUUGGAAACAAUUCUGUAAAAAGGGUACUCGUUGACAGUGGAGCUUCGGUAGAUAUCUUAUUUCAUGAUGCAUAUGAGAAGAUGGGAUAUUCUGAUUCACAAUUGACACCUUCAGAUAUGCCUAUAUACGGCUUUAAUAACGUGGAGACAAAGAUUUAA